AUGGUUGACCUUACGAAGAAAGACGCAGUGAAGUCGGUAGCGAAACGCUGGGGUCCGAAACAUGAUGAAGCAUUUGCCGAAGUGAAACGAUUACUCACCAACGCUCCUGUUUUGCAUUUUCCGGACUUCUCUAAAGAGUUUGUUAUCCACGUAGACGCAUCUGAAGUGGGAGCAGGAGCAUUCCUGGCACAACAGAAUGGCGAUGCGUGAAAACCGUAGCAUACUUCAGCCAGCGAUUCAACAAAUGCCAACAACACUACUCUGCCACC